AUUGUUCUCUUGUCUUAUCUCAAUAUAGUAUAUCACUGUAUUAUGCCAAAAAAUGUCACCGAAAUCUUUUAUGAGACAAACUUUGACACCGGUCUUUUAUGAGACUCUGAGCCAGUGCCAACUAAACAGAAUGAUUCAACGGUAUUUUCUCGAAUGAAAGUUGGUAUAAAGUGUUAGCUCUCUAAAUUAUUUGCUUUUUCCGAGUGCAACCGAGUCGUUAUCUUGCGUCUGUGUGAAAUACCGUAAUGUGGAUGAAAAUUUCGAGAUAAAUGAGCGCUUAUCUUCAUGGGAGUUUCAUCUUGCUUUUAUACAGUGUUUCAACUUGCUGGAAGUCACUGUAAAUUGGGCAACUUCGAUGAAAUUGAAGCAAAAAGAUAAGUCCCGUUGUUGAAAUAAAUUGCAGCCAUGGAUGAGUACAAAACGAAAGACUUUCCGGUAAAUGAAGUAAUACAGUCUUCCAUAGACAGCUCCCUCCUUGAGAAUGAUACCGCGGAUUGUUUAUUAACGCCUUUCAGUUCCAAUCAAGAUAGAGCGAAUAGGUUGACAGAGUCUGAAGGAUCAAAUCCAAGUUUCAAGGAUGCUUUCAAACAGAUAUCAGUUUGCUGUGUCAUGUCGUUCACAGUUCUACAGGCCGGACUGAUCAUGUCUUACAGCUCAGUACUCAUAGAACAGCUUGAUGUCGAUAUGAAUUAUGAUUUGAGCAAAGAAGAUAGUUCCUGGAUAGCCAGUCUUUCAGUGUUGACGACACCAAUCGGCUCACUGGUAUGCGGACCUGUUAUGGAUAAAGUCGGUCGAAAGCCAGGCAUUCUGAUUGCAUGUGCCCUGUCUUUCAUUGGCUGGAUACUCAUACUGUUUGUCACACCACAAUUCUACUUGCCACUCAUUCUAAUGGCUAGAAUCCUUGGAGGUCUUGGAGGAGGAAUGACGACAAUAGCACUAAUCUACAUUCCGGAAGUGUGUCAUGAGAAGUACAGGCCGCUGAUGUUGGGCACGAACAGUAUGUUGGUAUCCCUGGGCAUCCUGUUUGUGACGGUGACCUGCUACUUCACAAGAUGGCGGAUGAUGGCGUUCGAGUUCUGCCUGAUAAUACUGGUGAACAUGAUCGUCAUCUGGCUUUAUAUGCCCGAGAGUCCGGUCUGGCAGUUGACGAUGAAGAGAGACAGACAGCUGGCCGAGAGUACUUUGAGGUGGCUCAAUCCCAACGAAAAGGUGUUCGACACACAGCUCCUGACCCUGAACAAGCUGGCCAGAAGUCGAACAGACUGUCUCACUGACGACUCCAGUCCAUACCUCACCCAAAAACUGAAAUCACUUUUCCACACGUUCUUCUCGCCACCGGCCAAACAACCCCUACUGAUCCUCAUCGGAAUCAUGACCCUCCAACAGUUUUGCGGCGGAUAUACAAUCGUCGUCUACACAAUCCAAGUCUUCAAGAAGUUGGGCACCGAUUUCGGGGAGGGAAUCGACGAGUACACCGCUCUACUAUUCAUGGGCAUACUAAGAUUUGUGUUCAGUGUUGUCACCGCAGUGAUAUCACAAUUCAUCGGUAGACGACCUCUGCUCAUUUCUUCAGCUAUCGGUAUGGCGUUGUCAAGUAUAGCGAUCCCACUUCACCACUACAUCGACACCAACUAUCCAUCCAAACUCUCCGAAAUGCAGUGGCCUGUAAUAUUCGCUCUAAUGUUCGUAAGUUUCACUGCACUAGGCAUAAUGAACAUUCCCUGGUCUAUGAUUGGUGAACUACUGCCAAUGAAUGUUCGAGGCACAGCUAGCGGAUUUCUAGUUGCACUAGCUUACACAAUAAUGUUUUUUGUCGUCAAAAUAUACCCAUAUUUGUUGGAUGAAAUUAAUAUCGACGUGUUAUUCCUUGCACAAGGUCUACUGUGUAUACUGACAGCAUUUUACGUUCACAUUUUUGUGCCGGAAACCUUGGGCAAGAGUCUACAUUCAAUACAAGAGCAUUUCUAUAGGAGGAAAGAGAAACCAUACCAAGGCUAGCCCACUCUUUAUGAGAUUCACUUUAAACUGUCAGUAUUGGUUUAAUAGGAAGCGUUAGUGUUAUCUAUGAGGAAUACUGACAGUGGAUCUUAAACUAUAAAUUAUUUGCUAUUCAAUCUAAGAAGCAGAAGAUGAAACCUAAAGUAUAUAAAAUUUAUUACUACUUGAAAUAACUUUUGUUAAUUUUAAUGUGAAUUUGUAAAUAUAAUAAUAGUUUUAUUGAUUUUGGAUUUAAUAAAAUAAAAAUCAAUAUGUUAAACUCCUAACUAGUCUUAAUGAAGCUGCAGAGUGAAAAAUUGUGUUCCAGAUAUUGUGCCCAAAUUACAUUGUUUAAUGAUCUAUUGUUUUAAAACUAAUUAUUUCAAACUCAACACUGAAGCAGCUAUAACAAUCGAUGGAAAGCAUAAAAUAGUGGAAUAAUACAUCAAAUUAAAGAGAAUUAAAUAUCUUAAUCAGGAAGUGAAAGUGAAAAUUGCCAGUAAUAAAUCUUCUACUCAAUAUAUCCCAUCUCAAGUGUAUAUAGGAAGUAAAAUAGGAUAUUAUUGCGGGCAGAACCUCUGAGGGGAUCUCUCUGUAAAUAGAUAAACUAUAUGAGAAAUCAAAAUUCUAAAUGUUGUUUUUCAUUUAAGGAAUAUUAUAUUUUAUUACGGUAA